AUGACACCCCAAAACCUCAUGCUCCUUCCUCUUUCAACCCCUAAAUUAUCCAUUGGAUGCCCAAUACUAGAUGACUGCUUGGGGGGUGGGAUACCCUGCAACUCCAUAAUAGAAUUGGUAGGGGAGAGUGGUUCCGGGAAGACGCAGCUUUGUCUCCAACUUACGGUACGAGAUCAGCUCCCACCCUCACAUGGUGGACUAGGGGGCUCCUCCGUCUACAUAUUCACAGAAUUCAGCUUCCCAUUUCGUCGAUUGCAACAACUAGGCAACCUUUAUCAUGCAUCAUACCCCAACUUAAUAAGGUUGGAGCCAUUGGAAGACAUAUAUGUUCAUGGUGUUCAUGAUGCUCAACAACUCAUCCAUGUCCUUGGAGACAUAGAAGCAUUUAUUGCCAUUGAUCACACCCGCCUACCUGUGAAACUCAUUGUCAUUGAUUCCAUUGCUGCAUUGUUCCGAUCACAGUAUCAGACAACAGCGGCAGAUUUGAAACGGCGGUUUGAAAUGUUCUUCAACAUAUCUGGGACAUUGAAGGGUUUAGCAAAUAAGUUUGGGUUGGCGGUGGUUGUCACCAACCAAGUGGUGGAUUUUAUUGGGCCACAUGAUAAAGUGAAUGGGGUGAGGUUGGGAAACUUGGAGUCCCCGGACACAUCAGGCAGACGGGUUAAUAUUUUGAAGGGUGGCUGGGAUACAUCAGACCUCAAGCACAAGCGUUCUUAG